AGAGGUUGCUAGGAGAAGCGGGGCUAGAAUUGCCGGUGAGUGCAGUGUGAGGAGAGCAGCGGAUCCGGGAUGAGGGUUCUCUGCGCGCUGACGGUGAGCGGCCUCCUGCUGCUGCUGCUGCCCGCUCGGGGCCAGGCGCUGAAGGCGGGGGACUGCGAGGUCUGCGUGUCCUUCCUGAGCCGCUUCUAUCAGUCCCUUAAAGAGAAGAAUGUGGAGUUCACGCCAACGGCGGUGGAGGCGGAGCUGAUGAAGUCAUGUGACACCGCCAAAGGGAAAGAGAACCGAUUUUGCUAUUACAUCGGAGGCACCAGUGAUGCAGCCACAAAGAUCACCAACGAGGUUUCCAAGCCGCUGAGCCACCACAUCCCUGCCGAGAAGAUCUGCGAGAAACUCAAGAAAAAGGACAGUCAGAUCUGUGAGCUGAAAUAUGACAAGCAGAUUGACCUCAGCACGGUGGAUCUGAAGAAGCUGCGGGUGAAGGAACUGAAGAAGAUCCUGGACGACUGGGGCGAGAACUGCAAGGGCUGCGCCGAGAAGUCCGACUACAUCCGCAAGAUCAACGAGCUGAUGCCCAAGUACGCGCCCAAUGCAGCAAGCGCACGGACAGACCUCUGACCCGCGGACCCUCAUGGACUCCUGCACUGACUGACUUCUAGUUUAAUUCACUUUUUUAGAUUUUUGUUUUCUCUCGUUAGUCCGGAGGCCGUGGCUCCUCCUUUCGGCGCCGUCGGACCGCAGCGGCGCGUUAUAAGGGUUAAUUUUCUUUGAGUGGCAUUUUUUUCUAUGAAAAUAAAAGAAUCCACUCUGAUUCUUGAGUGUCAUGCCCCCGGCUGGUGGAGAGCAGCGGCGCCGGAGUGCUGUUCCCACUUGUCUCUCCUCUGUACCUCUCGGCUGGGCGCUCCCUCCGUCAGUAUUUCAUCAGGCAGCGCGAUGUGCGGGGGCGGGGGCCGGGGUUUGUCCGCUCGCCUCUCUACAUGUUCCUGGCGCCUCCACAGAAGAUUCUUAAACGACUCGAGAAAGAAAUUCCCAGGACGCUGCACUCUGCUACAUCCGUUCACUGCACAGCAGAGCAAGCCCCAACACUGACUGCAGCGCCUGCGCUUUACUUAUCACAUACAUGUCUUAUCCUCCAGUCACAUCCAGAGCUGCAGUCAUAAUUUUGUUAGCGCCAUCCAUCAGUCUGUGCUCUCAUCAGACCCUCUCUAGCGUUUGCACAGAGCACAGCAGGCCUUGGUCAUGUCGGGCACAGUACCAGCAGGUGGCAGCAGUGAGCUGUCAGGUCCUGCAGGAUUGUGAAUGCAGCUCUGGAAGUAACUAACCCAAGUGUUUUCCGGCAGCGCGCUCACCUGCAGGCUGUGGAUUUACGGUGGGGGCAGGUUUGCUGUUGUACUCUGUCAAUCACGGUGUAUUUUAUGGUUGCGUUGCUGACAUAAAAUUUGACUCCAUUACA